CGAGAGAGAAAAAUCCGAAAUAUAUUCAAUAAACAAUGGCCAUUGCAUAUUUCAUACCCGACCAGGCCCAACUGCUGGCCAGAAGCAAUCAGCAAAGUGCUCAACAGGCCGCCGCCUCAACAGGAGCCGUGCCCCAGCAGCCAGGACAACAGGCAGGACAACAGCAGGCAGGACAACAGGCAGAGCAGCCGCAGACGAGUCAGCAGCGACAGCAACGUCCCCAGUUCCGUGCCAACAUAUCCGUGCCUCUGGGCCGGCAGCAGGGAGCCAUGAGCAUGUCCGAGUUCGGCUGCUGGGACCUUCUGGCCCAGAUCUUCUGCUAUGCCCUCAGAAUCUACAGCUACAACUCCAGCCAGCGCCGGCCCACGGUCAUUCAGAUCUCCUUCGAGAUCAGGAGUGGCGGCCAGGAGGAGCAGCAGCAGGAGGAGCACCAGGCGGAUGCGACUGAUGCCACAGGCAAGGGCAACUGAACGCCUGGCAACGGGAACGAGAACGGGACGGUGGAACACUAAAGCGAGAUUCUCUUUAGUUUCGGUGGCGGCAGGCUCAAUCA